UCUAAACCCUCCCGCGAUUUGAAUGAGUAGAAGACUGUGUCUCGAUAAUUUCCCUGCAAUUCUCCUUCUGAAAUAUCAAGUGAGGACGAGAGUCGUCAUGCCCCCUCCUCCUCGUUUUCACUCCUCUUCUUCUCGUGCUCAAAUCUACACCACUCUCAACCAUCAGGUUACCUGCGAACGCGAAAUCAAACGCAGCAAAUUCAUAGCCAUCGCUGCUCCGAUCACCAAUGAAGUAUCUGCGCAAUCCUUCCUCUCCGAGAAAGAAUGGAUACAUCGUGAAAACCUGCAUUAUAGUUUAUAAGUGACACAUGGAAGUGCCAGCCAGUGGUGGCUUUGAUUCCUGUGUCCCUAGAGUUCCAUCUACAUCUCGAACAAAGCUUCAUCAGGUAUUGUAGCAUAGAUCCUUCAUGCUACAAAUAACAACCUACUAAGAUCCUUCAUAUGUUAAUAUAUAUUAUUGCAGAAAGAAUGGAUACAUCUUGAAAACCUGCAUUAUAGAUUAUAAGUGACGCAUGGACCAAAACUUCAGGUGUACAACAAUGAAAGAGAACAUUUUCUACCCCAUUUCCAAGGUUCGGGAUCCACGUGCUACUCAUAACUGUUGGGCCUACAAGUUGGGAGAUCAAUUCCGGUGCAAUGAUGAUGGUGAACCAUCUGGUACUGCUGGCAAACCUAUAUAUUCUGCAAUUGCUUCUUCGGGACUUGACAAGGUCAUGGUGGUUGUGAUCAGGCAUUUUGGAGGGAUUAAGUUAGGUACUGGAGGAUUGGUCAGGGCUUAUGGAGGGGUUGCCUCAGAAUGCCUGAAAGAUGCACCAACAUUUCUUGUCAAAUCUAAGGUUUCCAUUCACCUAGAGGUCCCCUUUGAUCUUUUAGGACGUAUAUACCAUCUGCUAGAACCCUUUCAUGUCGAUGAUAUAAAACAGGACUAUGAGAGUGGUGUCGAUGGUGUGACACUCAUUAUGUUCAGGGUUGAUCAUGACAAGGUUGAGAGCCUGGAGAGCACAAUAAAAGCCACGGGCAAUAGGCAAGUCAGGUUUCAACUACAAUAGUUGGAUUGGUGAUCACUUUACUCAUAGUGUCCUCCAAGUUGCCCUGUAUCUGUUGAUUCUUGGAGUCAAUUAGAAGAAUAAUGGAAGUGCAGAAACACAAAAAAGAAAAAGGAGAAGGAAAAAACAAAAAUGAGAUAGGAAGAAAAUGAAGAAAAAACUGUUUAGAGAAGUUGUAUCCUUGAUGUGUAAAAUGGUAUUUCUCAUGCUCUGAGAUCCCACCAUACUAACCAAACAAAUGUAGAUGUCAUUGUUGUACAAGAAUUUGGGCUUAUAUUAAACCUCCUUUUGUUGAAA